UCGAGCAAUUCCCGCCAAACUUUCAUUCCCUUUCUUUAACGGUCACCAAGGAUUAUAGGAAAGUUUGGCUUUUGAAUCUUGCGAGAUUUCAAAUGAGAUGAAAAGAUGGACAUCUCAACCUCGAAUCUUAUCUUUCUUUGGGACCCAUUUGAGAAUCCUCACUCCUUCCGAACUCAACCAUCUGCUUCAAAUUUGCAGCAAUUCAACCGCAUUAAAACAGGGCAGGCAAGUUCAUCAGCAGAUUAUACUUCAUGGGUUGGGAUUCGAUUCAUUCAUGGCUACCAAAUUGAUCCAAAUGUAUGCAGAUUGCAACGAUUUCAGUUCUGCACAUAUCUUGUUUGAGAAAUUGCCUCGACCCAACGUGUUUGCAUGGACGGCUAUCCUCGCUCUAUACUCAAGGAAUGGAAUGUAUCACCAGUGCCUUAGUUCUUACAGGGAGAUGCAAGUGCAGGGUGUCAGACCUGACGGGUACGUCUUUCCCAAGGUCCUCAGGGCCUGCGCUCAAUCCUUGUCCUUGGAGGAGGGAAUUCGAAUCCACAAAGAUAUAAUAAGGUUCGGUGCCGAAUACAAGCUGGAAGUAUGUAAUUCCCUGAUCGAUAUGUACUCCAAAUGUGGCGAUGCUCAAACAGCUCGAGAGGUUUUUGACAAAAUGGUUGAAAGAGAUAUUUUAUCGUGGAAUUCUAUGAUUUCAGGGUAUGUCUGCAAUGAGUCUUUUGACUUGGCUAUGGAACUGCUGGGUUCAAUGAGAUCAGAAGGUUUGGAGCCCGAUUUGGUCACUUUGAAUACAAUCGUUGAUGGAUAUUGUCGUAUGGGGUUGUGUGAGGAAGCUUCAGAGAUCUUUGAACAAAUUAAGGAGCCUAAUAUCAUCUCAUGGACCACCUUAAUGUCGGGUUAUUCAAGGAUUGGGAAGUAUGAGAUAUCCAUAGGGAUUUUCAGGAAAAUGAUGUUUAGAGGAUUGGUUCUUCCCGAUGCAGCUGCUAUUUCCAAUGUCAUUCUAUCAUGCAGACAUUUAGGGGCUCUGAGAAGUGGACGGGAAAUCCAUGGGUAUGGAAUUAAAACUGGAUCCUCACUCAAGUUCUACAAUUCAGCAGGGGCAGCCUUGUUGAUAAUGUAUGCUAGGUGUGGUAGGUUUCAAGAUACAAGAAAUGUAUUUGCAUUGAUGGAUAAACAUGAUAUUGUUACAUGGAAUGCAAUGAUUCUUGGGUUUGUACUUCUUGGACGGGAUGACUUGGCACUUACAUGUUUUAGGAAAAUGCAAUCAAGUGGAAUUAGAAGUGAUCAGAUAACACUAUCGACAGUUCUUCCCAUUUGUGAUCUUCAAUGUGGGAAACAAAUGCAUGCCCUCAUCUGGAGAAAUGGUUUCGAUUCGGCUAUUUCAGUAUGGAAUUCACUGAUCAACAUGUACUCCAAAUGUGGAAGCGUUGGAGCUGCUUACACUGUAUUCUCAAACAUGGAAACCAAGGAUGUGGUAUCAUGGAACACAAUAAUUGGAGCAUAUGGAAUACAUGGGCAAGGCAGAGUAGCUCUUGAGCUUCUGCAAGAGAUGAAGAACUCCAGCAUUCAACCCAACCCUGCAACAUUCACUUCUGUGCUCACUGCUUGCAGCCACUCAGGUCUUGUGGACGAGGGACUCCAACUCUUCAACAGUUUAAUCCAAGAUUUUGAUUUCUUCCCAAGUACAGAACAUUUUGCAUGUAUUGUCGAUUCACUUGGACGUGCAGGGCGACUUGAGGAGGCUGUCAGAUUCAUAAAUAAAAUGCCAAUUGAGCCCGAUAGGAGCAUCUGGGGGUCUUUGCUUGCUGCCUGUCGGGUUCAUCAAAAUAUCGAUUUUGGAAGGCUAGCUGCAGAGCACCUAUUUCACUUGGAACCAGAAAACCCUGGAAAUUAUAUCACGCUGUCAAAUAUAUAUGCAAGGGCUGGGAGAUGGGAUGAUGCUGUGAGAGUGAGGAAGCUAAUGGAAGAUCGAGGAUUGAUGAAGCCAUCUGGAUAUAGCUGGAUUCAGACUGCUGACUCAGUAAUGACUAAUGAGACACAGAUGGGUUGAAGGGAUAAUUCAAGAUGAUCUUGGAAUUUUCCUUAGUUUGCAACAAAGAGGUGAGGAAGAUAAUUUUCUUUCUCAGGGAAAUUCAGUCCAUGCUCUAAUUUACAACCUAUCAAUGAAACACCAGGAAUGCAGAUUUGCUUGGUUGUGACAG